AUGUACUGGCUAGUAUUGAUACCUAUAGCCGUUGCUGGUGUUGCCAUCUUAUGGAAAGAGAUCCACUCCGUCUUUGUCUUUUGUUGGGCUUGCUUCAUUAGACCUUUGUUUGCAAAAGUUCAAACCAAACCAACCCAUCAACAAGAUGCCCUUGAACACUUUUAUAAGUCUCAAGCUCAUGUUUAUGAUAAAACUCGUACUGUUCUUCUCAAAGGUCGUGAAGAAUGUCUCCGUUUAGCUGUCUCGCAUUUACCUCAAGAUAAAGUGGGAGGUAAUCUUGUGUGGAUAGAUGUUGGUGGUGGAACUGGUUCCAAUAUUGAAUAUAUGGAUCACAUUCUUCUGGUACCUGAAAACUUUAAGGCUGUAUAUUUGGUGGAUUUAUCUCCAUCCCUUUGUGCUGUGGCCAAACAAAGGUUUGCUAACCGUAAAGGUUGGGAAAACAAGGUUCAUGUUCUUGUGGCUGAUGCAUGUAACUUCUCCAUAGAAUAUUCAAAAGCUGAUUUGAUCACUUUUUCUUACUCUCUUUCUAUGAUUCCUACUUUCAAUGCUGCUAUUGAUAAUGCUGUUUCCAAGUUGGAUACAAACGGUAUUAUUGCUUGUGUUGAUUUUGGUAUUCAAAGUUCUGAUACUGUUAUUGGCAGAAUCAAUACCCUUGGUGGGCUUAAGAAUAGAGAAAGCUCUUGGAUCUUGCGUAACUUUUGGAGAAUUUGGUUUGAAGCUGAUAAAGUCUAUUUGGAUUCUGCUAGACGUAACUAUCUCGAGUACAAGUUUGGUACCAUCAAGUCUUUGAACACUCACAAUACUAAAUUGGGUAAAAUCCCCUAUUAUAUCUGGAUUGGUUGUGACAAGAGUAAAUCUGAACUGAUUUUACAUCGUUUGAAUUGUUUGGCUACUGAAUCACCUUAUUUAGCACCUUCAGAUUCAAAUGAUAUUGCUUCCAUAGUCGAUAACUCCCUUGUUCCAAUUUCAAAAGGCCAUGAAGCUGCUUUGAUAAACUUCCUGAAGAAUUUACCUUACCCCUCAAUAUACUAUCAACGUGAAAUCUGGAGAGUUUACUUUGACGAACUCAAUCCUCAUUACCAACAAUUCAAGAACCAAUACAUUUAUGCAUUCACCUGGGAAGACCCUCGUGAAGAUCACAAGAUUCUUAAGUUUAACUCUAAUGAUACUGUCUUGGCUAUUACCUCGGCCGGGGAUAAUAUUUUACACUAUGCUUCCUUACCUAACCCACCAAAGAGAAUCCAUGCAGUUGACUUGAACCCUGCUCAAAAUCAUUUACUUGAAUUAAAGUUGGCAAGUUUCAGAUGCUUGUCUCAAGAACAAAUCUGGCAAUUGUUUGGUGAAGGCAAGUGUGAUGACUUUCAGCACAUUUUAAUUGAUAAACUUUCUCCACACAUGUCUUCAAAUGCCUUCCAAUUCUGGAUGGAAAAGGGUCAUAAAACCUUCGUCAAGCAAGGACUCUAUGAUACUGGUUCUACUAGAUGGGCAUUGCGUUUGACAAGAUGGGUAUUCAAAGCCUUUGGUGUCAGCAAAUAUGUGGAUGAACUCUGCCAAUGUACAUCCAUUCAAGAACAAAAACAUAUUUGGAAAACCAAAUUGAAGCCAGCUUUGUUCAACCCCGUGGUCUCCCUGUUUCUUGUCGGUAACCCCCUUUUCCUCUGGAAGGCAUUAGGGGUCCCAGCAAACCAAGCGGCCAUGAUGGGUGACUCAGUUUUGAGAUAUGUGGUUGACACUUUAGAUCCACUUAUUGAAAGAUCGUUGAUUUCAUCUGAUAACUACUUCUACUACUUAUGUUUACAAGGUCGUUAUACUCGUGACAACUGCCCUGAUUACUUGAGUUCAAAGGGUUACAAAUACUUGACAGGAAGGGCAACCAAUAAUAACCACUCUACUGGAGAACUUAGCUCACCCAUUGAUAAUAUCAGAUUACACACAGAUUUUCUUAACGAUGUCUUUGCUCGUCUCCUGUCGAACUCUUUAACAAUCGCUAUCAUCAUGGACCAUAUGGAUUGGUUUGACCCUAACGGACUGGAUGCCCAUAAGGAGAUUUCUGCAUUGAAGCAAGCUCUUGCUGACAAUGGACGUGUUCUUUUAAGAUCAGCUGCUCAAUAUCCUUGGUACAUUAAAACAUUUGAAUCAUUGGGUUUCAGUUGUGAACCCGCUGCUAUCAGAAAAAGUGGGAAAUCUAUUGAUAGAAUUAACAUGUAUGCUUCCACUUGGGUAUGUACCAAGAAGCCUAUUUCUCCACUGUCUCUGACAUGCCCAAGUCCUAGUUCUACAACUACUGGCCCUUCUCGUCGGAGAAUGAGUAGUUUGAAGAUUUAA